CCUCCCUCUCUACCCGUCCCUGUCCCCUUCCCCCUUCCCCGAAUCGAAAAUCCCCCACCCCUCGCCGAAUCGAUACCGCGGCAUAGGCGAUCUCGCGAUCCUGUGGUCGGCCGAGCCAACCAAACCCUAAGAAGCACGGCCAAUGCCGAUCCCGCAGGACGAGGUGGGAGAGAUUUCGGGAUCUAGGUCGAGGGCAGGGCGGUGGAAGCGGCGGCGGCGGCGGCGCACCCCGGUGGCGGACUGUUCGGGGAAGGCCCAACCGGAAGCCGCGCCGUCAUCGCAGCGAGGCAAGAGGAAAGCGUCACCGGAGCCGUCGGCCGCAGCAUCGCAGCAGCGAGGCAAGAGCGAAGCCCCCCUGGAGCCGUCCGAGGGAUCCAAGAGGGGGAAGGGAUCCAAGAAGCGCAAGGGAACUGGCAAGAAGAAAGCCGCUACGAGCACCGGCGAGCAGGCGGCCCCAGCUUCACCAGGCGCAUCGCAUGCCUCCUCCUCCUCCUCUGCGGUCAGCUCUCCACUGCGUUGGCCUCAUCCCCCAGCCUACAUCCGAAACCCAGAGAAUGCCCAUGACCCUGCGAUGAAGGAUGCCCUUGAAGCUUAUGACGAGCUCCAAUGCAAGUACCGUGCAAAAAGAAAGCUCCAACAACAGCUUGCAACGCUUGAUAUGUCUAUUUGUGGUUCGUGUAUGGCGAAUGCAAACUUGCAGAGCGUUCGUGAGUCUACUACAAAAACAAUCCUACAAGCAGCUAAAGUUAUUUUUAGCUUUUCGUCCUAUGUCGAUGGUAAACUCAUGGCACGAUCAUCUGGUUUUCUAAUUGAUUGGGAUGAGGGGAGUAAAGAGGGCACUGUUUUGACAUCUGCGCGCAUAAUCUGCUCAAAAUACACGGCCCUAACCCAGUGGUCAGGUACAGAUGAGUAUGUACCUGAUGCUGAGAUUAUUGCUCAUUUGUUGGAUGAAGAUGAGACAACCGUACCUGCAAUCUUGUUUCGCUAUGACAAGCACAUCAAUAUUGCCGUGUUGAAGGUUAAUUUAGACUUGUGUGCUAAGAUUCCUAGGUUUAGUAGUGACAUCAACUAUGGUCAGGAGAUACUUGUGCUCGGUAGAGAUGAACGUUUAAACAUGACAAUUGCUCACGGAUGUGUUAAUUUCAUGGGCCCAACUACAUACGAACGUCAUCAUUAUCUAUUCACUGGUUGUGAGCCCAGCAUUGGAGGAAUGGUUAUUGAUUUUGAUGGGCACGUUUUGGGGAUGGCUAAUUUUCCCGGGACAGCAUAUAUUCCUUCCUCUAUUGUAUUGAAGUGCUUGGAUAUGUGGAAAAAAUUUCAGUGUAUCCCUCGCCUGCAUAUUGGGAUGAAGCUUUCACCCAUUAAAUUUCUCGAUCCAAUUCAUGUGGAGAGGAUCUUCCGAAAGUGUAAUAUUGAUUCGGGUCUGAUAGUUAAAGAGGUGUCCCAUGGAUCGAUUGCUGAAGAACUAGGAGUUAGACCUGGUGAUGUCGUUGAUUCCGUGAAUGGAGAGUGCGUUGCUACCACAGUUGAGUUGGAGAACUUAAUUAUGAGAAUAUGCGAGAAUCAUCUUGACCAAGGAGGAGCCAUCGGUUCCUGCAUGGACAUUCUAGUUGGUAUCUUGCACAUGCGGAAAGGUCGCAAAGGUCCAAGGCACACUUUAAGUCUGAGAUUAAAUGUAUCAGAUGACGUAGAGGUGUUCAUAAGUGGUAUGCAUCCUUUCAGUUACUAUGAAGCUUCUAGUAAAAUGCAUAUGGAUUUGGGGCUCGAGACAGAUAUGAUUAUAUGUUUUAUUUAUGUUUAAUAUAUUUACAUGUGUGUUUCCCUGCAUUCUGUCUUAACAAUGAAAUUCUGCUGUCCAGAUUUCUGACUCGUCCCUGCAACAGAUUGUGCCUGGUCGUUUGAUGACCGCAUUUUAACUUUUCCCCCUUGAGUGGUUUGCUGUGGUUGUGGGCACCAUCAUCGGCGGGUCUGACCACCAUGACCAGUUCAGGAUAGGCGUGCAUGCAGACGCCGAGUCCGGUCUCCGGGGACACUAAUACCAGGUAUCGAUUUCCAGAGGUCAAGCGUGCACGUACAACACCGUGCCCAUGGUUGGCAUCUUCGUGCACCUGCACAGCGAAAUGGCGAUCACGGAGAAAGGUGCAUGUGAUCUAGGAAGGUUUUUUUUGUUGGUUUUUCUUUAGCUGCUGGAGUGCUCAUAUUUUUUGGAGGGAUAGGAAGUAGAGAGUAUAGGUGCAUGUGAUCUGCAAACAUGUAUAGAUUGCAUUUAAGCUGCGAGCACAGAUCCGUAGAUAGUUUGUAGUUUCUGUCAAUACAUGUAUUGGAAGCAGAGUCUGGUUCAGUUUUGAGAAGGUAAUAAUAAUAACGUUCUCUUGGAGCGGAGCCCAA